ACAAACCAAAGGAGGAGAAGAAAGAUACUUUCUUAGAAAAGCUUGCAACGCAAGUUAUAAAAAAUGUGCAAGUCAAAAUCACAGGCAUUCAUGUUAAAUACGAAGAUGAUAUCACAGAUCCACAGUGUCCAAUUUCCUUGGGAAUGACAUUGGGCGAGCUUAGUUUACUGACAACAAAUGAGAACUGGACACCUUCUAUUCUGAACGAAGCUGCAAAAAUAAUAUACAAGCUUCUGUGCCUGGACAGCCUCAGUGCUUAUUGGAAUGUACACAGCAAAAUGUAUUAUCAUGGCUCCCGCGAACAAAUACUGGUUAGGUGGAACAUAAUCAAGGUAGACUAUGGAAAAGAUGAUGCUGGAAAUACUUUUCUCCAACUUGGUGAAGCUAGCUCAGGUGGUGUAGAGACUAGAGAAAUAGAUGAUGGUGUUUCAGUGCAGAAGAUGAAAGGCACCAUGAGGGCAGUGAGGGAUCAGCUGAAAAGAGGAAUUCCAUGUAGUGGUAACCAGCCUCAGGACUACCAGUAUAUUUUUAGACCAGUAUCAGCCUCUGCAAGACUGUAUAUCAACCCAUAUGCAGAAGUAGAACUAAAAACUCCCAAGCUUGAUUGUAAUGUAGAAGUGCAGAGAAUCGUCAUUGAAUUCACUAAGCCACAGUACCUCAGCAUGAUAGACCUUCUGGAGUCCAUUGAUUACAUGGUUCGCAAUGCACCGUACAGAAGAUUUAGGCCAAAUGUAUCUCUCCAUAAAAAUGCCAGACAAUGGUGGAAAUAUGCAGGUAACAGUGUUCUUGAGGUUCACGUCAAAAGACAUACUCGAAUGUGGUCGUGGAGUUACAUAAAACAACAUAGGCAGCUUCUGAAGAGUUACAAAAAUAUGUACAAGAACAAGCUGACACAGAGUAAACUGUCAGAAGAAACACAGAGGCAAAUUCAGGACCUAGAAAGAAAGCUUGAUGUCUUCAAUAUCAUCUUAGCAAGACAACAAGCACAAGUUGAGGAGAAAGUUAUAGUAUGUUUUGCUUCCUACUAUGCAGGAGGAGAGAGUAUGGCAUCAACAGUGCGAUGCACUAUUGAUGAACUAAUGACACCAGAAGAGAAAGCUAAGCUUUUUACUGCUAUUGGAUAUAGUGACAGCUCCCAUCACCUUUCCUUACCAAAGCAGUAUGUCGCCCAUGUUGUGACACUGAAGCUGUUAAGCACUUCUCUUACAAUUAAAGAAGACAAGAAUGUGGCAGAAACUCUUAAAGUACAGAUAAUUGAUCUGAGUACCAAAAUAUCACAGCGCCCAGGAGCACAAGCCAUUAAGGUUGAAGCAAAGCUUGAAAACUGGUACGUUACAGGCCUGAGACAAGAAAACAUUGUACCAUCUCUUGUGGCUUCCAUAGGGGAUAGCAAGUCUUCUCUACUUAAGAUAGAGUUUAAUGUUAACCCAGAGGAUAGUACUGCUGACCAGAGUCUUACUAUUGAAUCACAGCCUGUGGAAAUCAAAUAUGAUGCAAGAACAAUAAAUGCAAUGGUAGAAUUCUUUCAGACAAGUAAGGGAAUGGAUCUUGAAAGAUUAACAUCAGCUACAUUAAUGAAGCUGGAAGAAAUCAAGGAAAGAACUGCUACAGGAUUAGUUCAUAUUAUUGAAAUGCGGAAAGUCCUUGAGUUGAAGAUUAAUCUGAAACCUUCCUACUUUGUGGUUCCACAGACUGGUUUCUACCAUGAAAAAUCAGAUUUGCUGAUUUUGGACUUUGGUACAUUUCAGCUGAACAGCAUAAACCAAGGCAGUAGUCAAGCUUCUAGUUUUUCAUCUUUAGAGGAGAUUAUGGACAAAGCUUAUGACAAGUUUGAUGUGGAAAUAAAAAAUGUGCAACUUCUUUUUGGAAGAACAGGUGAAGACUGGAAGAAGGCUCGUUUUCAACAUCCAUCAACUUUGCACAUAUUACAGCCUAUGGAUAUUCAUGUACAGUUGGCAAAAUCGAUGGUAGAAAGAGAUACCAGGAUGGCAAAGUUUAAAGUGUCAGGAGAACUUCCUUUGGUGCACGUCAGACUCUCUGACCAGAAAAUCAAGGCAAUUUUUGAUCUGAUUGAUAGCAUUCCGUUGCCUCAGAAGUCAUCUGUGUCAAUUCCAAGCACAAAGGUACUGGCUAUUCCCACAAUUCCUGUUGUCAGUAAAGGGUUACUUAAUACAUCCCAGUUGUUAGCAGAAAUAGUGUCAGACUCUGAAGAAGAAUAUUUUGAUUUUGAGGAAAGUUCUGAACCAACUGACAGGUCACUAAUUAAAGGAGAAGAAAUAAGAAGUAAGGACCCUGCUAAAGAGGAACUGACAGAUCUUCAGCUGAAGUUUGAAAUUAAAGAGGUUUUAGUAGAACUCACCAGGCAAAAGAGAACUGAGGAAACGGUACUUGUAUUUGAUGUAAUGCAUCUUGGGACAGAAGCUACUGUCAGAACCUAUAAUUUAGCAGCUGUAUCUUAUUUAAAGAAAAUAAGCUUGGAUUACUAUGAAAUUGGAGGUAAAAAAGCACCCAUUCAUCUAAUCAGUUCCUCGGAUAAACCUGGCUUAGACCUUCUGAAGGUGGAGUAUAUAAAGGCUGACAGAAACGGGCCACACUUCCAGACAACUUUUGACAACACUGAACAGAUGAUUCAAGUAGCUUUUUCAUCAUUGAACCUUCUACUGCAUACAGAGGCCCUUAUGUCUGCUGUCAGUUUUGUAACAGCUGUUAGUCCAUCAAGCAAUGAAAGUAGUGGAGACACAUCAACUAAAGACAAAAAGCAAGAAGAUGACACUAGACUGAAGAAAGUGGCUAGACCUUCCAAGGAUAAGGAUGUCUUUGACUUCAAGCUUUUUGCCAAGCUGGAUGCCUUCUGUUUAAAUAUUUGUGAUGAAAAAAAGAACAUCGCAGAGAUCAAGAUACAAGGUCUUGACUCCUCUCUUCUCCUUCAGCCAAGUCACACUGUAUUCUUUGCCCGACUUAAAGACAUAGUUGUCACAGAUGUUGAUUCAAGGACCCAUCAUAAAAAAGCUGUGUCUAUAGUAGGAGAUGAAGUUUUCAGUUUCAAUCUCACAUUAGAUCCAUAUGCUACUGAGGGAGAAGCCUACACUGAUAUGUCAAAAGUGGACGGUACCGUAUCUUUGAAAGUAGGCUGUAUUCAAAUAGUAUACCUUCACAAAUUUCUCAUGUCUCUUCUGACCUUCUUGAACAACUUUCAGACAGCUAAGGAGGCACUGAGUGCUGCUACAGUUCAAGCUGCAGAAAAGGCUGCUACCAGUGUAAAAGACCUGGCUCAAAGGAGUUUUCGACUUGCAAUGGACAUUCACUUGAAAGCACCAGUUAUAGUCAUUCCUCAGUCCUCAGUUUCCCCCAAUGCUAUAGUAAUAGAUCUUGGCUUGAUUAAGGUUCAGAACCAGUUUAGCUUGGUGUCUCCAGAAGGCAGUUCGCUCCCUCCAGUCAUUGACAAAAUGGAUGUGCAGCUGACAAAGCUGAAACUGUCUAGGACCACUAUGGAGACGGGUUUGUCGCAUCCAGACAUUCAAAUACUUCACCCUAUUAAUUUAAGCCUGUCUGUGAAACGAAAUCUAUCUGCAGCUUGGUUUCACAAAUUACCAGUAUUGGAGAUCACGGGGUACCUGGAUACAAUGAAUGUUGUGUUAAGUCAAGAGGAUUUGAAUGUCUUUCUUAAAGUGUUGACGGAAAACCUUGGUGAAGCAGAAGAAAAAGAAACUCAUGCAAAAUCAGUACUGCAAAAGGAAGGUAAAACCAAAGAAAUUGAGAAAUCAGUUUUGACACAGGAUAAGAGUGUUCCAGAAGAAAUGCUGUGUGAAAAGAGACAAAGAACAUUGAAUGAAGAUGUAAUCAAUAUGCUACUUAAUUUUGAAAUCAAAGAGGUUGUAAUAACCUUGAUGAAGCAGGUCCAGAAGGAGAGAUAUCCAUUACAUAUUCUAACUGUGCUACAGCUUGGAACCGAAACCAAAAUUAGAAAUCAUGAAUUGACUGCAGCAGCCUAUCUGAAAAAAAUUAUUAUGAAAUGCAUUGAAAUAAAUGACUCAAAGGGAGAUCCUCUUUGCAUUAUUAAUUCAUCAAGUGAGACAGAUGAACAUCUUCUGAAAAUGGAAUACAUUAAGGCUGAUGUUGAUGGACCAGAUUUUGUUACCACUUACAGAAGCACCAAGCAAAACAUCAAUGUCAUCUUUUCAUGUUUGGAUAUAGUACUUCACACAGAGGCUUUGCUUUCCAUCAUGAGUUUUCUCACAUUCAGUGUUCCAUCAGGUGGUCUUCCCAGUACUGAUAAAGCAUCAGAUCACAAGCCUCAAAUAAAAGAACAAGAAAAAGGAAGUACUCUUAGACCAG